CCUAACUCGAAACGAAUUCCGCUUUUUUGGUUGCUUCAAUGCUUGUCAAAACUAGUUUUCUUAUAUGAUUUUUCAAAGUUUGCUUUGCUUCCAAAGGAUCUAGAGGAUUCCAAUCCUGGAAAAAUGGAAGAGCAGCAAAGGGAGCCAACUCCCGGAGAGGCUUCUUCAGAAGAUGAAACUGAGGAGACUUCAGCCAAUCAGCAAGAUGAUACACAGAAAGCAAUGGUGAAAGAUGUAGAUAAGGAUAUUGACGAUAUGGUGGAUUACAAUGUCAACAAUGGUCUGGUAGAUCCAGAUGGGUCAAAUAUGGAAAAUAUCACAGUGGAUACAGCUGAAAGCUCAACUUUGAAUUUUGAUGAAAUGGCUUUGAGAGAAGAUCAGGGACAGGGGGAUCUUGCUGUAACAAAGAUGGGUGACGCUAAUGGGGAAUAUUCUUUUAAAAUGAAAGAAAUUCCAGAUGGAGGUUUGGAAGAGUCAUUUUUAAGCAAUGACAGCAGUGCCAUUGCUGAGGCAGUUGUGAGAAAGGCCCUGGAUAAUGCUGUGAACAUUGUCAGGGCUGAUGUUGCUGACAGCAACACAAAUGCAUCAGCAAAGCAAGUUGAUACUCAGCCAAAAACUGAUGCAAGGGUCGGUCUGUUCCAGUAUCAAGAUAACUCAGAACAAAGUCAUGAAACGGAUGAAGAUGAGAUUUCUUUUGAUGAAGCAGAGCCUGAAAUAAAAUCAGAUACUGAUAAGGCAAAAAACACUGAUGCAAAAGUUGGUCUCUUUCAGUAUCUGGAUGAAAGGGAUAAUGACAACAACAACUCAAAAAGCCCUGAAAGUGAUGUAAGCGAGGAAGCUGUUGAAUCAUUUGAUGAUGAAGAUGAGGAGAAAUCAAAUAUCAUGAAAUUGUAUGGACUGGAAGACAUGGAUCUAGAACCUGUCUCACCAGUUUCACCCAAGUCAGCUUCACCAUCAAUGGAUGAUGAUAAUGAUGACACUGAGCAACAUCUGGAUCAUAAUGAAGACACAGAGCAUCCUGUGGAUGAUAAUGAUCACAAAGUGCAACCUAUGGAUGAUAAUGAUUACAAGGUGCAACCUGUGCUUGAUGUUCAGAGGCAAGUCUACGAACCACUGUCACGUUCGUUCUCAGUGACACGUGAAGCGAGUUCUUCAGAGUCUUCGCCAAGAUCAGGUAGUAAUUGUAGCAAAGAAGCAGCAAAAGAAAGAUCUCAUGGGAUUAAAAAUGAAAAAGAUGACGAACUGGAAUUUGAUGAUCAUUAUUUCAAAGAGAACGGUGAUAGGAAACAGUUAGAAGUUGAUAAAGAAAAUGGGAUGGACAAAUCUGAUUAUAUUAAUGGUGGAACAAAAACUGAUGAUAUUAAUGGAUAUACUAAAGCUGAUGAUUUUUAUGCUGGAACUGAAAAGACUGAGAAUAAAAGUGUAUCAAUAUCUCCACCGCUUGUUCAGUAUGAGUCGGUGAAGGAAAACGGCAAGUUCAGGAUCAUUAAAACAGCAAAAGACAGCAUGGGGAUCAGAGUUGGGUCUGAGCUGCUUACACCCAAAAACUCGCCUAACAAUUCUCCAAGAGAAUCUGAGAAGAGUGAUAAAUCAGAACGAAAGUCAAGGGAGGAUAAAACUAAGGAACAGGAAUAUAAAACUAAGGAAGGGGAGGAUAAAAGUAGGAAAGAUGCUACCAAGAGAACAAGACCAGAAGAGAGGGAAGUUGUGGAAGAUGUGCUAGGAGCUGACAAAGUGAACACUUCCAGACCUGAAGAAGAUGCAGAGGACAUGGAUAGAUAUGAGACUGGGCUAGAUAUGGAGCGGAUCAGAGCCUUGUUGCAGAGGGAAAGUGCACGAGAUUGUUUGACUGAGGACAACAGUAGAAGCGGGGAACAAGUCUUCAAACCUUCCAGAGAAAUUCAGGAACCAGAUGCUCAGGACAGGAAAUCGCGAAUUGAGCCACAUGGACGAGAAGGAAAAAGGGAAGAUACAGACAUGCUGGAAUCAGAAAGUCGAUAUUUGAAUAUGGAUAACUACGGUCCAUCUGUGUAUAGGUAUAGGUCACAUGUUGAUGGCAGCUUAGACUCACAAGAUCCCAGCCAAGUGGGCACCUUGUAUGAAGACGAGCUUCUCAGACGAGCCUAUGCCCGUGAAGCCAAUCAGUCCACGAGUCUGGACCAGUCAGCUGCGAGUAGGGGAGUGGCCAGUGACCGGUCAGCGGACUCGGGUGUGAUCCCCGGAUUCAAAACCCUGCAACAACAGCAGGCCAAGUGGUCGGACAUGUUCCACACCCUGGAAGCUGAACACCGUCGGGAGUUGCGGUCUCAAUACGAGAAGCACCAGUACAACAUCCGGCGUCUACAGCAACAGAUGGAACACGAGCUCCAGAAACAACACCUUGCCAUCAGGAAGAAACUGGACAUUCACAAGGAGGCUCUGGCUAAGAUGUCUCCUGAAAGAGACACUGGCACUGACCGGGAAAUGAGGUACAGUAGGUCACCUAACAGGAGCAGUUCCCCUGAACUUACAAGGUCAGCUGAGAGGUCAAGGUCAUCUGCAGACAGGUCGCGGUCUAGAGACAGACCCACUGGUGCAGACGAGCUCUCCGCGUUGCAAAGCUCAUUUGACAAGAAAACAUGGCGUGAAAUCUACCGUGAAGUCAGAGAAGAGGAAGACAGAAGCCCGUCCUCACCUAGACCUUUAAAACGAUCUCUUAACGAAGAUUUUGACACCGUGAACAGGUCAAAUUUCUCAGGUCAAAGGUCAAGGUCACCGCCACGAGGUCAGAGUGACAUGUCCAGGUCGAGGGAAGGGGACAGGUCGUCCUACGUUGACCACAGGCAUUCGGGGUCAGAGAGGGAUGAUCACAGACAAAAAAGGUCCCCAGAGGUCGAAAGGUCAAGGUCAUUUGAGAAAAGUCAGAAGUCUGACAGGCAAAGAGCAGGUGACGUGUCCCCACAUGUACAAGAUCUUCUGAACAUGCUCAGUGACAGUCGACACUCCCUGAGGGACCUGCAAGAGGGCAACCUGGGCCCUGAGAGGCCCCGUGCAGGGGUCUACAGCAGCCCCAUGCCUCUAGGGGCCAGGGAUAGGAAGAACGAGGACAUGUCAAGGUCAGCCAGUAGAGAUGUGCCUCGAGAAUCUCGGCUAAGUCAUUCUCAGAACGACUCUUCGCGUGCAGGAUACCUCAAGGGCCUCCCCAUGGACCGAGCGGAACUCUACGAGGACAGACUGAGACCUGAGCUCAACGACUCCCUCCGCAGUGAUGACUCUCAACUGUCUCAGAGCACCAGGAUGAAUCUCCGGGAGAAGCAUGCCAAGCAUCUGAACGACCUGCGGGCCUACUACGAGGACGAGAUACGUGAGCUGCGCAAGGCGCUGUCCGGUGCACUGGAGGUAACAGGGGUUAGCGCAGACGCCUCCAUGCAGUCCACCGUCCACAGCCACCUGCUGGAGGCAGAGAAUAGACACCUGGCUGAGAAGUGUCGACGUCUGGAGACAGAUUUGGACGAGAAAGACAUAAAAAUUAGAACUUUGGAGCAGAAACUAACUGGUGUGGAAAAACGGGCAAGUGAGUAUGCGGCAGCAUUCACAGACUCCCAGACGAUGUCCAUACAGAACCGCGCCCACAUAGAGGAGCUCCAGAGGUACUGUCGGGAGCGUGAUGACCUCAUCGGUGACCUUGAGUCACGCGUGACCUCGGCGGAGGACAGCGCCAAGAUCUACAAGCGUAACCUUGACGACGAGAUGGAGCUGCACAGGCAGGACAAGAUCUCACUGCAGAGGCUGCUAGAUCGCUACGAGUCGUUGGAGCGUGAAUUCAAGCUUCUACAGGAGACCAUGACUGCCACGGAGACCAAGCUGUACGAGACGCGCACUGAGGUCGUCGAACUCAAUAGGACAAUUUCAAAGCUGGAGCUUGAAAACAAGAGACUCGGGCGAGAGAACGACAAUCUACGACACAAAGUCACUCAGUCAUUAAAUCUCUCAACUCUCCACGAAUCGUUUGGGAGCCCCGUAUCCCCAAGGGAUGAACAGUCAAGGUCGAGACCCAAGUCUUCUCCCUCCAAAUCUUCCAAUCGUGAGGGACCCUUUGAGAACCCUAAAUCAACCCCACCUGACCCCAGAGUGCCUGGGUUUGCUACAGCAUUGUCUGACUGGACCCCUAGUUCUUCCAAGAGUAAAUCAGUAGCUGCUGCAAACCAGUCUAUGCUUGAGAAGUCAGCAUCUCGAAGCAUGUCUGACCUUGCUAAAGAACGGAGGGGUUUAAAAUCAGGGAGACCUGAAGAGUCACACAAAGGGAGACAAGCGCAGUCAUCUGAAAAAUCGGAGAAGCAGUCAAGACAUGAAAAUCCUCCUCGAUCUGCCAAAGAUGAAGUGCCAACAAGGGACCAAACUCCCCAUAGAGAGCAAACAAGGGAGAGAACUCCAAAUACAGAGUCAACAAGGGCCAGAACUUCUAAUGGAGAGCAAACAAGGGAUAGGACUCCCAAUAGAGAACAAAAAAGGGACCAAACUCCUCCCCGAAGAGAGAGGUCCCCAGCCAGAAAGGAGCAGUUCUCAGAUGGGCCAGCCGCUAGCCAGCGUAGACCAGAAUCCCCAGCAGAGUCUGACGUCUCAGAUUACUCCCCCUUGUUGAAAGCCGAGCGAGACCUGUUCAAGUUGCGUGAUAUGAUGCGUCAGGCUGUGGCAGUGAAGCCUGCGCAGUCUCCACCCCAGCUGAAACUGCAACAAAAGAAGUUCUACGGCAGUGAAAGACCCACAUCCAAAGACGAUUAUUACCCGGACCUGGGUGUGCAGAGAGGCAGGAAGGAAAAACCCGCUUUAUCCAGCCAUGCUAGCGUCGCAAAAACAAAGCCGAGUCAAGCGGAAAAAUCUGGGUCAGAAACAACUGGUAAAAAAACAAGUUCGAACAAACAUGAUAAAAAUUUGAAAUCUAGAGAAAGGUCGUCAAAAGAGUCUGAAAAAGAUCUUCGUAGAACUGAACAUGAGGCUGAUGGGGAUGUAAGGGGGGCAGUGAAUGGGAGCCAUGGGCCCUUGAGAAAUGGCAACAUUGAUAGCUCCACUCGGUUCAAUAUUGACAUCAAUGAGGAAAGGAAAACAUUAAGCGUGACCCCAAGAAAGGGAGAUAAUCAGUUUUCCAAGCCUGGGGAUCAAGGAAGUUCACAAUCAAAUGGGUCACUUGGUAACAGGAAUCAGGAACAAAAAGGUGCAGACGGGGAAUCCAAGGUGGAGGGCGCUCUGGACUUGAUGAGGACUGGUCAGCUGACAGCUCGACCUCUGUGGGAGAAUGUGCACACCUCCAUGGUCAAGCCUAAAAAUGACCUCCAGGAGAAAAACAAGGCCAUUGAGCAGAGAGUUCGUGAACGUCUACAGGAGAUAUCUGACAUGGAGAGUCGCUAUGACGGGCUGCAGGCAGAGAAACGUCAGCUGGAGUCCAGCAUCAGCAAGAUACCCAUGCAUGGCCGCGUGGACCGACAGAGCAGGCAACACAAGGAGGAGAUGGAAGGCAGACUGGAGUCGGUUGUCAGGGAGCUUGGUUCCCUGCGUAUGUCCCUCAAGCGGUACAACGUGCUUAAGACUGCUGGAUAGAUACUGGUUGCCUCAAGAUUGCUGGAGGAUAGAUAGCGCUUUCCUAAAAACUGCAGGAUAGAUACUGGUUGCCUCAAGAUUGCUGGAGGAUAGAUAGCGCUUUCCUAAAAACUGCAGGAUACAUCUUUACAACUUCAAGCAUACAGCAUACUCUGACCAAAGGUCAUUAUCAUAUGAUUGACCUCUAUUCCAAGGUCAUUGCUUUUUAUAUUGACCUCUAGCCAAAGGACAAGUUCAUUAAUUCGAAAUGGAAAGUAAUUUAUGUGUUAAGAAGCUUCUACUUGUAAUAAAUGAUGGUAAAUCAUAAAAAUUACUGAAAAAUUAACAAUUUAAUUUCUCGGACAACUCAUUGUAUGUGUUGUUAAGGUAUUUACCCUACCAUCAUUUUGUAACUAUAAGUACACAUCAUACUGAUAAGAAGAAGGUCUGUGAUAUUAGAAUUGUUGUUUUGAUGUGAUGUUUUGUUUAUUUUGUAGCUAUUGUGCUUACUAUAAAAUUUAAUUAUUUGUUUACAGUUUGUAUUUGUUUAAAUGAACAAUAUCAGCAUUAUUUUAACUAUUUGUUUUCUUACCUAAUUUACCUUUUGUUGAAUCUACAACCCAUCUUGAAAUUAUUAUACUCAGAAUAUAAUAACAUCUUUGCAAGAUUUUAUUAUACACAUGACUUAGGGCAAUAAAGUCAAAAAUUAUUUACACUUAUUCACUAUACAUGGAUAAAUGAAUUGAAUUACCUAAAAUUGUAAAUCAAGGUAUUCUUAAUAAGUUCUAGGUUUAAUAAAAAUAUAUUACAUAUUGUUCUUAUAUAAUGAAGGUAUACAAAAUAUUAUGCAAAUAUAUGAAAUCACUUUAAGCAACGAGUCACAUUGUUGAAAACUUUAAUGAAUGUGCCUAUAAGCCAUUUUGUUUUGUAUUUGGGGCAUAUACGUUGUACUGAUGUCUUCAAUUUUCAUGAUUUUAAGUACUGGAUGAUAAUUUUGGAUGGUUUUUGUUGAUUGGAUUAGUGCUUUAAUGUUGUUUUGUUUGGUGCUAGUCAGAGUUAGCGAGUUUAGCAUUAACUAGUAGCAUAAGUGUGCAGUUGCCUGGAGUUAACCAUACAUGUAUUAACCUUGUUCUGGAAAUCCAUGUGUGUAAAGUGUCGUCCCAUUUUAGCCUGUGCGGACUGCACAAUCAGGGACGACACUUCCUGCCUAGACUGGAUUUUCGUUAACAAGAGACUUUCUUUACACAAAAAAUCCAUUAAAGCAGAAAGUGUUGUCAUUGAUUAGCCUGUGCGGAUUGCACAGUCUAAUCUGGAAUUACACUUUACGUACAUCACUUGAGCCCAAUUUUUCCAGAACAACGCUAAUAUUUUUCUGCUGUUUUCAUUAACAUAGGUAGCAUUGUUUGGCUAAGAAUUGACCUGGUAUCUGUACUGAUAAUAAUAGAGACAAUGUUUUAUGUAGUGUCUGAGAAUGUUUUGUGUGAUGUAAGAUUACAUACUAACAUUUCCCUUUAUGCUUGAUCAAAGAGUGAGGUCUUCAAUCGACAUUUGUUUAAAUUCAGCAUGUAUCUAGUUGAUUUUAGAACACAAAUUUUAGUAUUACCAACAUAAAGUAAAAAAAAAACCUGUAUUGAUCUGCUAAAUCUCAACCCUCCUUCAUUUAUUUUUGUUGUUUUUAUAUUCAUAUCAAAGUUUGUUGUAGACUUUGUUAACGAAUUUAUCCUGUAUCAGUUCACUAGGAUAGAACAGUGUUAAGAUUAUGAAGGAGAACAUGUGAAUCUCUCUCUGGGAUAACAGGGCUUACUGCAUGAUAGUUCAUUGUUGGCCUAGAUUAGCCUGUGCAGUUCACACAGGACAACACUUUCCACCUAAACUUGAUUUUUGUAAAGAAGACUUCCUUAAAACAAGAAAUACCUUGAAAGCAAAAUAUGGUCACUGAUAACUCUUUAUGGACUGCGCAGGCUAGCCUGGGAAAACGUUCUAGUCACGCAUUAAGCCCCAUUCUUCCAGACCUCGGCUCAUAAUGAUUAAUCUCAUGUAGCUAUUUUUUUUUAUUAAUACAAUCAUUAUUUAUUUUUUAACAUUAUGUGUUUACAAUUUAAUGGCAGUUUUGUAUAAUCUAGUUAGUAAUCUAUGUAUUAACUCUUUCCCACUCAGAAGCAAAGUGAACAUGGCUAUGUGCAAACAGCAUAGAACCAGAACAGCCAAUGAGUAACUCGCACUCUGUUCAGGUUUUAUGCUGUUUGCUGCUUAUCAGUAUCUAAGGGUUGGAAAAGUAGCCUUAAAAACUUCAAUCUACCAAGAAAGCUCUUUAAUUAAAUUGAACUUUCUAAGGGACUACAAAUGUGUCAAAAUACAUAUCUAAUGGCCCUAUUCCACUACGAAAACAAGCCCACGAUUCGCUACGAUUUCUCACAUUUAUUGAAUCGGGAUGACUCGUGACAGUCUGCGAUUCAGUUACGACAGUGGUACGAUUGAGUUACGACGAAUAGUGGGUUUCGGUUGAAGUCUUGCGAAUAGGGUCGCGACUUCACUACGAUGUGUAAAAAUCUACUGCGACUGUACUACAAACGAUGCAGAUCGGUCACGAAUAAGCUAGGACCUCACCGAACGCACCCAUGAAUUCGGCGCCAAUACUAGUAUCUACUGAUAUUGAUUCUAACACGGCACGCGACUUGUUUUCUAUAGACAAAGAAAGAAAUAAAGUGUGGGUUAUUCUGCAAUAAAUUAUGGGCGGAGCUUAAUGUUUCGAAAAUAGUUCCGAAUAAAUAAGAAAAUAUUGCAGUAAAUUGCACGUGCUUAAAUCCCGCUGUUAAAGAAAUGUAAAAAAUGUAGCACCUAUAUAAGUGUAAUGAAACAACAAAUUGUAUAUUUGGUGAAAAGUAACAUGACCACGCUUGCUAAGAAUUUGUUUGUUAAGAAACGUAAUUAAGAAAACAUUUAUAGCAUGUCAGCUUUUCAGAAGAAUUAACACAUGUGACGUCAUUUAGUUUCUAUGAGUGUUGUUCUCAAUGAAAGUGACGUAAUUUGCAAAAUAUUUAUGAAUGAAAACGACGUCAAAUGUUUGUACAAUUCAAUGACGUCACUAAAUAGUGAACUUUGUACUUAGAAGGGCGGAGUAUUGGAAAAUAUAGUUAACGUUCAAAAGCUUGAAGCAAAUCAAUAAGAAUCGUGUAAGAAUAGAAAUAAUAUUUUUCUAUGAUGGCUUGUUGUCGAAUAACCCACAGUAAGGAGUAUAGAUUUGUGUUAUCAAAGCACUCGUGCUCCGCAUUCGUGAUUUAAUUCCUUCGCAUCUAUACUCCUUACUGUGGGUUUUUCGACAACAAAACAUGAUGGAAAAAUAUUAUUUCUUUAUCAUUCUUUACAAAAUCGUAACUGUUUCGUAACUAAAUCGCGAGAAUCUUAGCGGGCUCGCAACUCAAUCGGGGUGAACUCUUGAGAGUCUUGACAAAGUUGUAAAUGAUUCGUAGACAGAUCACGUGAUCACCGAUUCCCCGAUUGAGUCACGAAUUACCUAAAAUUCCAUUACGACGCCCAAGAACGCACUACGACACUGUUACGAGUCAACUGCGAUUAAAUUCAGUCUUGGAGGUCUUGGUCAAAUUUUAAACACCUUUAAAAACUGGCCGUGAUUUUUUGGAUGCUCACGACUCGCCCGUGACUAGCUACAAAUGAGUUAGGACCUACGCCGAUUGAGUAACCAAUGUCCCCAACCUCAAAAUAUUGGAAAUCGGGACAAAUCGUGGGGAAUCGGGUCGUAGUGGAAUACCCCUAUAGGAGUAAAGGGUUAAAUAUCUUUCUAAGGGGUAAAGGGUUGAUACCAUAUAUUAUAUUCUUAUUCAUAUAAAUAGGCUGGUCUGUUUAACAAUCGACCCACUGUAUGUAUUACGCAUUACAUUGACUUUUGACAUAUAUGCAUUGAUCUGAAUGUUUUCAUAACAGCUUCUUGCUUGUUUCUAUUAUACGUAGGUCAAGUACUUUUUGCCGCCUUAUCUGCAUCCAAGUGGCUUUCUUCGUUGGAAUAUUAUGCUGUCAAUUAUACUGUUAUGUGCCUUACUACAAAGUUUGUGUUUGAUUUUGAUUUAUAUAUCAUUUAUGAAAGAUUCAAGGGGUCAAAUUUUAAUACUCACAUGUUUCCAUCGUUAGCCGAUUAAAAACCUGUUAUAAUUUCCUGUCUUGAAAAUGUUGAAUGAAACGUGUUUAGUUAUAAAUGAAUGUACAAUUUUAGUACAACAACUAUAAUUGUGCAUCAAUUUUGCGAAUUUACAUUAGAAAAACAAAAUCAGAACCUAAUAUGGAAAUCUAGUUUAUUUGUAUAAAAAUGCAUACUUAAUAAUUUAAAGCAAAGGUUACUUGCAUCAAUGUGUGACACUUUGUGAACAAAUCAUUACUGAUUGAAUACUCGCAUAUACUUUUCUGACAUUGAUGCUGUUCUUGCGUUACUGUACGUUUCAGAUAAGUAAAAAUUAUAUCUUUUUCCUAAUAUUGAUGUGCAUUUAAUUUGUACCAAUUAUAUGAAAAAUCAAUUAUCAUUUAAAAUUUACAUUCAUAUUACAUUCAUAUUAAGAAGUCUUAAAACAAGAAACAAGCAGUUUUGAAUUUAGUGCUGGAGUAAAUAACGAAUUGACCGAUUGGCUUGAUACUUGGCCCUGGACAGAAGAUGACCCCUAUUGAAAUUGGGGUCACUAGGUCAAAGGUUGUGGUCGAAGUCUUACAAUAAGUGGGACAUCAUUUCUGAUCAAUAACUCGUAAACAAAUCCACCGAUUGGCUUGAUUCUUCCCAUGUGCAUUGGUCUUGGACAGUACAUGACCACUAGGUCAAAAGUCAAGGUCACUGUCACAAUAAGUGUGAAAAUUGUUUCCGAUCAAUAACUCGUAAACCAAUUGAAUGAUUGGCUUGGUACCUCACAUGUGCAAUGGCCUUGGACAGUAGAUGACCCCUAUUGGAAUUGGGAUCACUAGUUCAAAGCCCUGUUUGGGGGGCAUAUGUCUCAGACCGUGGAACUCUUGUUUAAAUGAAGUCUCUUAGUGAAAAUCCAGUCUAGUCCCUGGUUGGCCUGUACAUACUGCAGGCACUUAUCUGGGAUGACACUUUAUGAACAUGCAUUAAGCCCUGUUUUCCCAGAGCAUUACUUAAAUAUUAAGUUUCGAAACGUGUCCAUCUGUCCUGUGGAUUAUUUUGUCCCAAUCUAAAAGGUUUUUGCUCGUGGAAAACUUGUAUGGGCAUUCCAGGUUUGUUGUGAAUUUAGGCAGCUUUGCAGAUGUGGAAUCACAAUGAUAAUUAAAACUAUAUGUUUGUUAAUUAGAUAUUUUGUGUUUUGUAAUUAAAUAUAUGUAUUAAAAAGUGAGAGUGUUUUAUUUGGAAACGUGUUAAAUAAAUAAAUAUAAUAAAUGAAA